UCUUGUUCUUUUUUCUGGAAAACUUCCUGAUCUGUAGACUACUAGUUAAAAGCUAUUUCAAAUUUCUGCCAGAAUACUUGUUGGAGGACACAGCACUUAAUCAUGAACUGCCUAUCUCUAUUGAUUCUUUUCAUAGGUUUUGAGCUAAGACAGGCUCAGAUCUUGGACCACUGUAAAAUUGUAGUAGCUAGUAAUACCGAUGCCGGAGAUUCUCAACAAGUGAGUGCUGCUGUCCCAUUGCCUGGUUGUAUAUAUGGUGAAAUUGAAUGGAACCACCCACAGGGCACCCUGCUGUUCACUAACAGUCUUCCUGGUCAGAACUACGAGCUGUGUCUUGAGUCCGACUGGGCAACGGCUUUGAGUGGUGUGACUGAGCUGACCAAUGGUCUACAUGUACCUCUGCCUGUUCCAACAACCGGGAGGCCAACAUGUACCUUGGCCAGUCAAGGAAGGGCCAGUCUUCUUUUGUACGCUCCAAGGAAAGUCAACGGUCAGAGUGUGUACAUGUCUUCUAUUAACUACUUGGUGCUUGAUGCCUCCAUGGUCCACGGAUCACUGACUCCACACCCGUAGAUGAACACCUUGGAUAGACUAAGAAGGAUAACUGUGAAUAGUGUCACUUGAUUUCCAAUGUAAAUUUGUUUGAUGUUAUGACAAUAAAAACAUAAAAACAGAAACAAAAACUUGGUGUAAUGAACUAUGACUAAAAUUGUGGUAUAGAGUGUAUAGGGAAGAUAUGGUCCCUAGUUGCUUAUACAUUAAUAAAAAAAAAUAUAAAAAAU